AAGUCGCACCCUUGCACGCCUCUUCGAACAGAAACUGGCAUGGCUUCCUCUGCCUCCGUCUCCGUCUCCGGGAGAGGAGGAGGCUUCCUCUUACCGGCCGCGGUGCUGCUAGCGGUGGCGGUGAUACACGCGCGGGGGGCUCCCGCGGCGCCGUGCGUUCCGCGGGUGUUCAGCUUCGGGGACUCGCUGGCGGACACGGGCAACUUCCCCUUCCUCUACGGCAACGACUCCCGCGAGCCCGCGCUCAGGACGCCCUACGGGGAGACAUUCUUCCGCCGCGCCACCGGCCGCUUCUCCGACGGCCGCCUCAUCGUCGACUUCAUCGCGGACACGAUGGGGCUGCCGUUCGUGCGGCCGUACCUGAGCGGGCGAACCGCGGAGGACUUCGCGUCCGGGGCCAACUUCGCGGUCGGCGGCGCCAUGGCGCUGGGCCCGGACUUCUUUCGGGGGAGAGGGGUGCCCAUGGGCGACCGCAUGCACCUUGGCGUCGAGAUGAAAUGGUUCCACGACCUGCUCGAUCUGCUCUGCCCCGCCGACCGGGCUGAUUGCAUGGGCAUGAUGAAUCAAUCUCUCUUCUUGGUUGGAGAAAUUGGGGGCAAUGAUUACAACAUACCUCUUCUCUCUAGGGUUCCCUUUGAGAAGAUUCGCACGUUCACUCCGAGUGUUGUUGCCAAAAUUUCUUCUACAGUCACUGAGUUGAUUGGUCUGGGAGCCAAAACAUUGGUAGUUCCUGGUAACCUCCCCAUCGGGUGCGUUCCGAACUACCUGAUGAUAUUCAAGAGUGACAAGAAGGAAGAUUAUGAGCCAGAGACUGGUUGCCUACGGUGGAUGAACGAAUUCUCGAAGUACCACAACAGACUUCUCAUUGAUGAGUUGGAAAAGUUGCGCAAGCUUCAUCCUGGCGUGUCAAUAAUCUAUGCCGAUUACUAUGGAGCUGCUAUGGAGAUCUACCGUUCCCCGGAACAAUUUGGGAUCGAUCACCCUUUAGCAGCAUGCUGCGGUGGAGGAGGACCCUAUGGUGUGUCCAUGACUGCAAGAUGUGGAUAUGGAGAAUACAAGGUGUGUGAUGAUCCACAAAAGUAUGGAUCAUGGGAUGGUUUCCAUCCCUCAGAAGCUGCAUAUAAGGGCAUCGCAAUUGGCCUUCUAAGAGGAACAUACACACAGCCUUCAAUUUCUACCACCAUCAGUUCAUGCCCACAACUUACUGAACUCGGCUCCUCCGUUGAAUACAAGAACUGCGGUACUGUUCUACACCUCACGGUUGUUGCUCAAGUGAUUGGCUGGCUUUUAUUUUUCGUUCACUUUUUAUAGCACAGGUUUUAUACAUUGUUGUUCUGUUGAUUCGCCCUCUUAAAUAAGUUUUCUUUCCUAUAA